GGGAGGGACGUUUCGUGAAUGCAGCAGGUAACGUUAGCGGCGUUCACGCCCGCUCUCAGAGGGAGAGAGCCGGGAAAGUCCCGGCGGGUGAGAAUUUUUACGGAUACGGUUAGAAAGAGACAGUUACUCUCAGUAACCCUCUCGCUGGACUUGAGGGAAGACUUUCGCACGGCUUAGCCGAAGGUGUGUGCGAUGAGAAGGCCUUUAUUAGGGAAAUGAGUUCAAGCAUUGGCCCCAUCCCUGCCCUACCCUACGGUUUGGAUACGUACGUUGGGCCUGACUCCUGUAGCACCUUGUGGCAAUCCUCCAUCUGCACAGACACGCAUGCAUGGGGAUCUUUGCCUUCUCUGCCCCAACUUUCUGCUUCCUGUAGUGGUAGAAUGGACCAGACCAGGCCCAGCCCGACACCAGAGGAGCCUGAGAAUCUGGGCUCCGAGUUCCAGGCACAGUUGGACCUGUUCCGGAAAUUGGGCUUCUCCCAGUCGCAGGUCAGGGCCGUCCUGCUGAAACUGGGGCUCAACACGGACACAAAUAGGGUUUUGGGAGAGCUGAUACAGGCAGGAGCUGAGAAUGAGGAGAGAGAAGAUGCCCACCUUGUCCCGGCACUCAUUUCGCGUGGCGACGGCAGCAAGAGCCACAGCAGUGCGUCUUUACCUGUGGAGCAGGAGGAAGCUGCUGAUGAUGACGCCCUGAGACCUAUAGUGAUUGAUGGCAGCAAUGUAGCUAUGAGCCACGGCAACAAGGAAGUUUUCUCCUGCCUUGGAAUUCAGCUGGCUGUGAAGUACUUCCUGGACCGAGGUCAUGAGGACGUUACUGUGUUUGUGCCCUCGUGGAGACGGGAGCAGCCCAGGCCGGAUGUACCAAUCACAGAUCAGCAUAUUCUUCGGGAGCUGGAGAAGAGAAAGAUUCUUGUUUUUACGCCAUCUAGACGUGUGGCAGGAAAGCGCGUGGUCUGCUAUGAUGACCGUUUCAUCGUCAAGCUAGCAUAUGAGUCAGAUGGUAUCAUCGUGUCCAACGACACCUACCGCGACCUACAGGGGGAAAAGCCUGAGUGGAAACGCUUCAUUGAGGAGAGGCUCCUCAUGUACUCCUUCGUCAAUGACAAGUUCAUGCCUCCAGACGAUCCCCUUGGGAGACAUGGCCCUACUCUUGAUAACUUUCUCCGCAAGACUCCACGAGCUCCUAAGAGACUACCCUGCCCUUACGGUAAAAAAUGCACCUAUGGGAUCAAGUGUAAGUUCAGCCACCCAGAACGAGCCAAGCAGUCCCAGCGUUCCCUGGCGGAUGAGUUGCGAGAGAAAGCCAAGAUGUCGACCUCACCACAAAGACCGACGUCAGCAGGCCACGGUGCUUCUCUGGAGGAGGUAAUGGAGCAGAAACUCACCCUGGAUCUGAAGGGGCCUCUCAAGAAAGCCCAUACAAGUGAGAAUGUGCCAGUAUUAAAGAGUGGGCCACAGUCCAGUCAGAGAAAGUUCCCAUCAAAACGUGAGCGGCCUGGUCACUACUCUCCAACAAGUCUGGACUCUUUCCACAUUUCCUCUCAGGAGCUCCUGGAUUCGGGCCUGGGCUCAUACGAGUACACUGAGCUUAACGGCAGCCACUGUGACCACAUGCAUAGGGGAGAGUACAGGAAUGCAAAGCCUCAGCCUGGCAGUAAGCACCGGCCCCUGCCGUCUGUCAGCCAACCGUGCAGCUGCUGCUCCCUACAGUCCAUGAGCUCCAGUACUGGAUACCAGCACCACAGCAUGGACAUGGCUGCCUCACAAAACCCAGGAGCCAUGCCCUACUGUCAGCCUCGAUAUAACUCCUAUGGAGGAGGCCCCUCUUACCUGCCAAUGAACAUGCCCCAGUACAGCCUCCCCCAUGACUACCACCACAACAGGCUGCCUCCCCAUCAACAUAGCUACUGGUCUGAGCCAUAUGGCAGCUACAACCGAUCUCCCCCCAGCCCUAUGCAGGGUGAGAUUGCUCCCUGGGGCAUGGCACCUCCAAAAGCUAGUCAGCCAAUGCCAGAAAGGGAGCAGUUGCGAAAGAAACUGCGUGCCAUUUUUAAUGCCCGUCUUGUCGACAGAGCCAUGGACAUGUUCCCGAACCUAUUGGACUCUCAGACACUGGCUCAGGAGAUACUCAAUCUACAGUCAUACGAAGGGAUUUUGUGAGUUUCACUGACUGCCUUUUGGUUUUAUUUCAGGUCCAGGACCAAGGGGCUGUGGGGGAACGGGUUUCCACACUAGAGGUGUGUGAGCUUAGCCCUAGUUGGACUGGAUUGGUUUUACAUGAGGAGGUGGGGUAAAGUAAUUAUUACUGGGGUUUCUCAGUGAUUUUAGUCCCGUCUGAAAGUGCUAUGUCAGUAAUUUUUACCAACUGCUUUACCUUCUAUAAAGCCAUGAAAACAAUCCCAGAUUAUAUUAAUCCAUGAAUCAGCAUGUCAGUGAAAAUGCUAUAUUGUGGAAAAGGCGUUUCUUAAGUAUGGAGACACUCAAAGAAGUUCACUUGUGUCUUCUGACGAAGUAGUCAGCUUCAUUUUUAAUUCCCGUCCCACCUUAAUUAGUGCAUUAUUACAAUGCCUGAGGUGCCAGAAUGUAACUGCUGCACCAUUUAAGGUGCAACGGAAAAAUUCAAAUAAGAAGCUGACAAAUAAGAGGCCAACUUCAGCCUUGUUGUCCUCAGAGGCUGAAAUCAAGCCAAAUACGUAAUGUUACUGUCCUGUCUUAUGUGCACAACUCAGAACAUGUAAAAAUUACAGGAGAAAAACGUAUUUUUUAACUUUUCUGAAAAAGGUAAAGAUUUUGUGAGGUGAAGUGGACUAUCUGCUCUGAAUUCAAGCUAAUGGCGAUGCUAAUGACGCACUGUGUUCACUUAAGACCGCAAGGUAAAUGGUUAGGGUAAACGGAAUAAUGGCUAAAUUAAAUGUUGUGACAUCUUUUCUACUAUUUUCUGGAGUAAAUUGAGUAGACACUCCCAUCUCUGUCAUUUACACCAAGAUUUCUUAUUUCGUGUGAAUCGCUCAUAAACAUUACAGACGUCCUGAGGUAAACUGGCAUUACCCCAAUUCCCCAUGGAACACUAGUCCUGUCCAAAUAGGGAUAGAUGUUUUCGUUCUGCACAUUGGAACAGUAGUUCACUUCUUCUCAGAUGUUUUGAAGAUCCACUGUUCUGUCUUUUGUCUAAUUAUCACAUUUUGUGGCACAUUUGGCCAAAUCUAGUACGAAAUCCAAGCAUUCCGUAUUAUAAAUGUAGAUCAUUCACCUCGCCAGUUUUUCAGGUUUUCUGCUGCCAGCUGCCAACAUUCACCAUUUGACUGUUUGGUUGUUAUAGGCUUAACACAUUGUAUUAUUGGUAAAUGUAAUAUUGUUUGCAUUGACCAACGACUUGUAGUGUUUUAUCUGGAUUUGGUUCUCGGUUCCUGCUGCAUUGUUUUGUCAGCACUUCGGCAUAGAACAUCAUACAUUACUAUGGUAUAAUGAUGCUUUAUUCUUUAUUUAUUGAUUAAGAGUAUCUUUUAUUUUCUUUAUUUUUUGACACAUUAAGGUGGCAGUAGUCAUAGCAUUUAUUUCAGGUUUAGAAUUUCACUGUAAUUAUUAAUAACUUGUCAUCCUUUUUGCCCUUAAUGUUUAGGUACAUUUAUAUAGGUAAUUGAUUCGUAAUAAUAAGUAAUAUCUUUUAAGUGUCUAAUAUGGUGAUGUUAUUCGAAUGUGGUCUGUUGGCACCGUGUGCCUUAAACAGCAGUCUCCAUGCAAAACUACCUAAGAGAGGUAGGUCAGUGUACACCCUGUGGGUUCUGGGUAUUUUCCCAUUGCUGAAAAACUAUAAAUAUUCAUAUAAUCACUUUGAGGUGUAAUUAAUAUGACACUGGCAGAAAUCCCAGUAGGCACUCUGAAUUUAAUAAGUAACCAAAGCACACAUCUAUGCAAAGCAGGGUUGUCAUGAACAACAGCCAAUGGAAAAAAGAAGCUGCAUAUAUUACUUCCCUGCUUAGUAUGCCUUUUAAUAAAGGUCAAGAAAAUAAUACCAGAUUGACUUGAACGUUGAUGAAGCAUUUGUUUGAGUGUACAGAAAGUCAUUGAGGUGUUACAGCGUGCGGGGGUUGUGUUUGGGGAUUAUCAGAUGUCAGUAACUCAAGCUAAGUGUAGCGUUACCUGCUGUUUGUAAAAUGUCAUGCAAUAAAAACAAAAAUGUUCCAGUUAUUUGA